AGCUUCCGAUCCAGUCCAGCCCCCAUGUGUUUGCUGGUGGUAUUAUUGUAGUGAACCUCUGGCGACGUCUUUCUUGCCAACGACCAUCUCCUGCAGCUUCACACCCCUGAGAUACGCGAGGUGUCCACGCGCUCGCCAAAGGACUCCCUGCCCAUGAUUACUUCGUUCUCAUAGUUUGCGACACAACACUGCUGUUCCGACCCCGUCUCUGAAGCCCUCCUCACCAAGAACACAUACUCCUUGACGCCUGCGCAGGCUUACGCCCUACACUUUGCACCCCUGCCAGCGAUGGCACAAACACUCAUGGACGUAUUCUACUCCUUAGGAAGUUGCGUAUGUUGCUUUCCGAGCACUCCGCAGUUGAAGAUAAAUCAUAGAAGCUUUCGGAUGUUGAGACUACUAGGCGAGGGCGGCUUCUCCUAUGUAUACCUUGUCCAAGACACGUCUGACUCGACACUCUAUGCCCUUAAAAAGAUUCGUUGCCCGUUCGGCCAGGAAUCCGUGUCCCAGGCCCUCAAAGAAGUCGAAGCCUACACCCUCUUCGCCCCUCACCCAAACAUCAUUCACAGCAUCGACCACGCCGUACAAAACGACUCAAGCACCAAAGUCUCCGGCAUCGGCAAUGACUCUUCCUCCUCCUCCAAGACCGUCUACAUCCUCUUACCAUACUACCGGCGUGGCAACCUCCAAGACAUGAUCAACGCCAACCUCGUCAACCACACACGGUUUGGCGAGCGACGCCUCAUGCAAAUGAUGCUGGGCGUCUGCAAGGCCCUCAAAGCCAUGCACCAAUACCACGUACGCAACACUCCCUCGAGGGCCGCCGCCCAAGCGAUCCGUGAAGAAGCAGCCAACGAAGACGCCGAUGCUGCUCGGCGCAAAGCCCAAUCCCGCACCCAGAAGCGCAGCAUGACGGCAGACGAGACCCAUCAACAAGACCUGGCCACAGAACAAGAACAGCCGCUCAUGCCCGAGGGCGAGAUCACGCGUGCACAAGAGGGCAAAGAACCGGGCGACACCCGCGCCUACGCCCACCGCGACAUCAAGCCCGGCAACAUCAUGAUCUCGGACGACGGCCGCAUGCCCAUCCUAAUGGACCUGGGCAGUCUCGCACCAAGCCCUACGCCCAUCACGUCGCGCUCGCAAGCGAUUGCCGUGCAAGACAUCGCGGCCGAACAUUCCACCAUGCCCUACCGAGCACCGGAACUAUUCGACGUCAAGACCGGGAGCGUGAUCGACACGAAGGUCGACAUCUGGUCUCUCGGCUGCACAAUGUACGCCUGCCUGGUCGGUAAAUCGCCUUUCGAAGCACGCAGCGACGAAACCGGUGGAAGUCUGAGUAUAUGUGUGCUGAGUGGGGACUGGAGAUGGCCUGGCGAGGGCAACGCAAACAAGGGCAAAGCUCCUUCAAGAUCGAACACGCAGCAAUCCGUAGCCAACGGCGCCGCCGCCGCUCCCGAACCGACCAACCCAGGGGACAGGGUGUACCCUCACCCUGCUGCCAGGGAAGUCGUGCGACGGUGUCUCCAGGUGGAACCGUCAGAAAGGCCCGAUGUCGAUGAACUCAUGACCCUCAUCGACACGUGCUUGAGUGAACUGCCCGAGGACGACGAGGGUGGUGGUCCCUCGGACACCGACUUAUAGGGGGCCGCCAUUUUCAAAUGGUCAUCAUCUGGCCUCCUGGGAUGGGCCGGGCGUCAACGUAUUGUACAAUAAAAUAGGUCUUUGCUGGUUUGAUUUGAGCGAUGUGCUUUUUCUGGUUCUUGUUCGUCUCCUUGUUCGAUAUGGAUGCUAUAACUCCUGGGAACAAGAGACCCCGGAGAUGACAAAAGGACAACGUUUUGAUUUUGCAAUUUUCGUUCGAUUCGUUUUUUUAUCUCCUAAAGGACUAUUUGUGCCCCUAACCAAACGUAUGACUUUACUGUCUGCACUACCCUUUACAAUAGAAAAAAAGCCUGGAAAGACCCGCGGGGAGAAACCUGGCAGUGGGGACAUUUGAGUACUCCGUACAAAACAUCCUCUCUUUUGCCGUUGCCUCCCGCUAAGCCCAGGCAACGAAGAAAGUCCCUGAAAAGCUACAACAUCAAUCAUUUUGCCUCCAGAACGGACCCAAAAAUCAGCAAUCAGCAA